AUGGAGGGAAGAGUGCGAUGUUGGCAGUUUCUCACCUUCCUCUGCGUCUCUGGUCACGCGUCUCUGCCUUCCACUCUAGCCCAACGUGUUUGCGUGUUGCGUCGCGUGCGUCUAGUUCAACUGGGGCAAAUGUGUGAUUGCGCUCGGUCACAGUGAGGAAGAGGAAGGAAGGUCACACAAAGAGAAAGAGAAAUUGGCAGGGUGAAGUUGUCACAAAUUUAAAGAACUGAAGGAGAAAGAGAGAGUGGUCAAUCUGUAAGAUCUAGAACUCGACGAGUUCGGUCACACUCUAAACUUCUCGAAGGUACUGGCAAACGAACGUACGACAUUAUCAGACCUGUCAUUAGCCGGACUUUUCAUCCGUUUCCGCUUUGCACGACGGGGACGUUACAGGUGGGGCAAAGCAUUUUUUUGUUUUUUUUGUAAGUAUUAAUUAAAUACUCUUUGAAAUAUCUAUAUACAUUUUUGCUUAUGCAAGUUAUUAUUUUUAAAAAGCCUAAAGAAGCGGCUCGGAUUAUGUAUUAAGGUUAAAUUUUUGAUUUAAUAUCUUUAUUUUUUUAUAAAAAAAUGAAGAUGAAGAAAAAAACAUUUUUUUCGUUUUUUUCAAAUACUCAUAGAAAUAUUUACAUAAAUGUUUGCUUAUGCAUUUUUUUAUUGGAAAAAUCAUUAUUUACAAAAAAAGCCUAAAUAAGUGGCUAGGACUGUCAUAAGCUACGGCAAGUCUUUGUCAAUGUCAUAAAGUUCGAGGGCCGCUUUUUUUUUCGUUUUCUAAUGUAUGCCAUGUUACGCUCACCUUGCCCAGAGUUUUGGCUUGUUUCAAAUCUAUCAGAUCCGCUUCGAUUGAUUGCAAGUAGGAUUGCAACUUGUGGAGAAGAACAAAGAAGCCUGGCUUUUUCACGUUCAGGAACGACUUAAGACGAUUGUAAGAGCCCUCAACGCUGUUGUUGGUUCGCGGAUGGCCAAGAAGAGUUCUCUGGUUCAAGUUCCACACCUCCGGUCUGAACAAAGGACAACGACGACGUCCUCGAGUCGGUUCACCUAUGUAGAUAUUCUCGAAGUACUCAAGAAGAGGUUGAAGCGCAGGCGCCCGAUUUUCAAAUUUGGCUUUCACGUCAGGUGACCAAACUAUUGCGAAAUCCAUUUCAUGUUAGAAAUUGAAGAAGAAGAUUUUCAAAUGAAGCUGAAAAAAGCAGUUGAAAAAAUAAAAGCUGAAAGAGAAGAGACCGAGGGAGCUUUGAACGAAGAAAUACGGGAAAUGCAUCAGCAGCUGGGUCUUGCCUACACGGAAAUAGACAACUUACGGUGAGUUCCCAUUCUCUACAUCCUUCAUCACGAUUUUUUAGACUGGAAAAUAAUCAUUUGCAAGAGAUAAUAAAAGAGUUGGAGAGCAGACUCAAACAAUCUCAAACAGUUGCCGCUUCGUCACCCGCGCGUAUUGAGUAAGCUUCUUAUUUCACCCUUUUAUCGUGAGAGAUAAAACUGUCAUUUCUCAGAAUCCCCAAACUAGAUAUGACUCAAAUGGACGCUCCCGAGUCUGUUAGAGUUUCAGUGAAGCCUGGAAGCCAAGAGAAGAAAAACGGAGAAGAAAAACUGGUAUCUGCUGUUUAGAAAUUUUCAAGUUUGGAAUCUCUAUUUCGCAGUUCGAGCCGGAGGUUCUUGCUAUGGUCGUUGCGGAGAUUGGAGGAGCUCAUGUAGAACGGCUGAUCUUGUUGGAGAAAGAAGGCCUGCGAAGUGUUUAAUUGAGAAAUAUUCUAUACUGGUUGUUUCUAUGUAGGAUGCGAUUUAUUUACAACUGUUUCUUUCAUUUCGAAUUGUUAUAUUUUCUCUCAUUUCACUUUAUUAUCUAUAUGAUUUUUCAAAGAUUCGAUCGAAAAAUUUAGGAAUUCUUCGGCAUUCAAUAAGUUGAAAAAAACACCGCAUACUUCUUUCUUAUUCUCAUUUACUCACCCUAAAUCAUUGAAACGACCUGAUUCUGAGUUCAGUUUAAUAUUUCUGAUCUUUCAUUUUUUGAAGCGUUUGCUUGCACUUUUCUUUCACUGCCCUUUGUGAUAUGUCAACUGCGGGAACACAUUUUUGAAACAUGCAUAUCUUGUGGAGACGCAUACCAAAUGGUCGAAUAAACGUUAUUUCUGUCCCAAUCUGUCAUCGGUUAACGACUUGCACAGGGCAAAAAAAUGCCAAAGUGGGAGGACGUAAGCAAAAAAUCCAUCGAUAAGAGUUUCUUCGAUAAAGAAAAGUUAGUCAGCUGCAUUUGCAUUCUUUUCGCACUUUUUUUUAGUUUACCAAAAAAUCUUACUGUUACUUUUUCAGACACUGAUUCAACUUAUGCAAUGAAAAAACCGUCAGAAGUGUCGCUCUCUUGGUGAGUUUACAGACUGACUUCUCCGGAAGAAUUGAAAAAAUAAAGUUUUGACGAUCAUGAUGAAAAAUACCUUGAACUUUUGAUUAAUGUUGAAUUAGACUGUGACAUAAAAUAAUGUACUUUUCAACUGGGAUUUUGAUUACUCCAAAAUGUUUCAGCCGAGUGAAGACCACAGUGAGAUUUGGGCCCAGCCAUCGGUCAGCGGAAGAUAUCAAAUCGAACGAAAAACAAGGUUUCUUUUCCAGCAGAAUUAGAAAAAAAAAUUUAUCAUACUAAUCAGAGGGUUCGAUGUUUUAAUAAACUUCUCUGUAUUUCUAAACAUUUUUCAAAAAGCAGCCAGUAAGUUGUUGGAAGUUUUUUUAUUUGAUGAAAAAAAUUCCGACUUUUUUUCAAAAAAAUCUGCCAACUAGACAACUUAUCGUUCUGACUAAGAAGCCUUUUGAGAUGUUAUAAGAUUGAAAGAAACGUUAUCAGUCAUUAGCCCACGAGUGCCACGUGAUGCGUGACAACGUAAAAUAAAUAUUUCAUGAACGUUAUCACGAUUAUUUUAGAUUCGAACGACGACCCGUCGGGAGAAAAUGUGAGCUCACAUCGCCGUUCGCAUGCAAACAACAGAGACAAGAGCACUCAAGUUACACCUGA